GCCGGCCCACGUCCGAGGAGCUGCUGACGGCCUACGGAUACAUGAGAGGCUUCAUGACGGAUCAUGGGCAGCCUGAUCAGCCCCGCUCGGCCCGCUAUGUGCUGAAGGACUACGUCAGUGGCAAGCUGCUCUACUGCCACCCGCCUCCUGGCACUGACCCCCAGGACUUCCAGUUGUGUCACGAAAGAUGCCCCUUGCAGAGCAAGGCCGGGCAGCGUGAGGCCGGGGGGCUGCCUGGCAGGAGCCCCAGAGCAAAGCAGAUAGAGAAUGUGGUGGACUCUGCCUUCUUCCACCAGGAGAACGUCCGGGCCCUGACCAGAGGCAGCCAGUGCCUGAUGGGCAACCGAGCGGGAGGCCCCUCUUCCGCGACUGGUGCUGAGGACGCCCGAGGCAAACCCUGGAAGAAGCACGGCAACAGGAACAAGAAGGAGAAGAUCCGCCGCAUCACCAAGCACCUGGAGGCUUGACUCUGUGCGCCUCUGCCCCUCUCUGGGCAGGAUCUUACCUCCACCAGAGAAGAGAGGCCAGAAGAGGCGCCCCUCCCCUGUGGCUGAGCCCAUGGGCUGGACUCCCCCCUCCCCAUUGCAGGGGACUGUCC